AUGCCUCCAAAACCCUGGGUUGAGAAAGAAUUGGAACUGGCGGGAGCUGGUCGCACACACAUACCAGAUCUGAAGGGGGAUCUCCACUGCCUGUUCGCACGCAAAAACUGGAUCAAAGUGACAGAAGAGCACUAUCAAACACUUCUGCCAUCUAUGCAACUAGCUUCCAGACUUAUUGAGGUUGGUAUGCCGUAUGUUGCUAGUUUCUUGCCAUCCGACGGUAUUACCUCGAAGACAAUAUCACCGGACGAUGAUGCCAUAAGCUACGAACAAAUAUCCCUUAAGGAAAGCGUCACAAAAGGCGGAGUAACUGCAGCAAGAUUAGAGCUCGAAAAAAUCGCCGACAACGUUCAAUGGGAAGUGAACCCGGAUAUAUUUUCCAGCAUGAACUCCUGGGGUACAAGUAUUCUUACGCAACAAACGCAACCAUGGUCGUAUGAAAAUACUGAAAUGAUCCGCGCCUCCGACACAGCUCUCAGAAAUCGAGGUAAAACUCGGCGUUCGAUUAUCAUAGGAAUUGCUACUCAGUAUAUCGAUACUAUCAUCAACAAUCCAAGGGACAGCGAACAUCAUCUUCGCGCAGUAUGGCACGCAGCCCUCACAAUGGUUCACGAAGUCGGCCAUAUAAUUUGGAAUCAUGACUUCAAUCAUGUCCCUGAGAGGGGUGAGCCACAUGUAGGAGACAUGUGUUGGGCAGAACUCGGGAUUGCUUUUACAAGCUGGCUCUUCUCUGGUAAUACUCCCACUACCAUCCCAACCGUCCAUUAUCUAGAGGAUCCGUUUGAUCGACCGCUCAUCUGGAGACACGAUAAAACUUUGCGGGAUGUUGAGUUUCUUGGGGUCAAUAGUCGCCCUUUUUAUGUUACCUACUGGUCAGUGUCAACUGAAUUCUUGGAAAAGACAUUGUCUCAGAAAUUCUGGGAUGACAUAGGCAGUCCAAAGAGCAUGGGGUUCUCAGCUAAGGCAAGAGCGAGGAUACAGCCAGUCAUGUCAUCUGGAACGCCAAAGCCGGCAACUGCAAUGAUUCUAGAUUUCACCUACGACGGCAUACAUCCGCUGCGUUGGCGAAGCGAGUGUUUGGAUCGUGGGCCGAAGCCAGAUACACUCAGUCAACUCACCAUGAUGGAACUAGAGUUUGCACGGGUAGAGAUGGAAGAGGAGAAAGAUGCCAUAAGACGUAUGCGCCGUCGGAAUUCUCAGCCUUACUCUGUGCAAGACUCAUACUCCACCAACAAUCUCUUGGGCCUAGAAGAGGACGUGAUAGAGCCGGACAUGACAACGUCCAUCGAUCACGAGAAUUCUUCUACUAGAAUUGAAGUUCGAGUUCUUGCUGACGAUAACCAUCUCAACGUUGGCACAUCGACAAGUGUAAUGAGUGCAGCUUACGACUUCUUUCUGGAGUAUAAGAAGGGCGAUAGUAGAGAUUUCUACCGCGAGUUGACAUUAACGCACGAAGCAGAAGUCGACAAGAUACUCAUACGGACCAGUCCUUUGUUCAUCUCAAACAGUUUUACACGCUUGGAAGCUCACCAAUUCAUCCUCGACCACGAUCUUCGAAUUUGGAAACCACUCAAACCAUCUCAACUUUGGCAGAAAAGUAAGUUAGAUCGACAUAACCAAGAGGAUCGUGUUGUGAUAUCUCGGAUUCGAAACUAUCUGCUCUACCAACGUUUCAACAAACACAAGUGUGAGGCACGGUGGCAUCAGAGUGUCUUGAAAAUCUUCAAGAAAAUAGCUGAAUCUGCUUUGACGUGGUGUGUAGAAGACCAUACCCAGUAUUGUGAGAUACAUGACAUUCCAAUCGAAUUGACCGAUGACGAUAAAAAGAUCUGCUUAAAGGUCUAUAAUCAUCUUCAGGAAGACUGCAAAAGAUUCCAGCGGGAGAAUCAUCUAUGGGAUGAUAAUGGGGUUGAAUACUAUGACCCUAUACGAGCUGCCGCAAACGUUACAACCGAAUGGAUCAAAGAGGAUUAUACCCACUUCUUCAGACAGCAUCACUUGCCAGUGUGGGGAACAGAGGAAGUGCUGAUCGAACGCUACUACGCUUGGAAAUGGGAGCUCGAGAACGGGCAUACACGUCCUGGAAACGGACUUGGAAAGCAUGUUUCCCGAAUAAAUUCCAUCAAUUGGAAUAUUCUUGUCUUCCAUCUGGAUGUCAACAAUACGUCAAUUGAGGCCAUAAAGUCAGCAAUCUAUACCAAAGGGACAUUCCCAGCGAAUUGCGAGUUUGAACUUCGAAUUCCGAAUGAAGAACGACCUCUGGAAAAUGACAAAGCACUUGGGUUGUACACUACCGAAGGUGAUGGACGAAACCCCCUUGUCAUGCCUGAUCUGCUAGAGUUGGAAGUGAUUGAACGCCAAAGUCGGAAAGUACAUAUCGACAAGCGAAAGCGAGGAAGGAGCGGAUCUACUCAGCCGCCACUCUUCAACAAACGUCAAGCCAUACACCGAGAUAAAGCUUAUGCUCGAGAGUCAGCGUACGAUUCUCUCGUCGAGACUAUUCCGCAUGCACCAUCCCCUACUAUCGCCGAACGCCUAGCAUCUUUAUCUGCAACCUCUAAUCUCUUUUGUCGAGCUAUGUUACCCGACAGUGAACUGACCGUACUUCGUCCCAAUGAUGGCUACAACCAGGCUGUUAAAUUACCAGCGACAGUACUAUUGAGCCAAAUCAAAGAGGCAGAAGAAUUGUUGGGAAAGAGGGUUGGCGAUCCGGAACACAAGCAAAGAGAAUUAGAACACCUCCAUUCAGUAGAGGGUUCCAAGAAAUCGGCAAUGAGUAGUUAUAUGUCACAGAUCAAGAAAGGAAUUAGAAGAGAAUAUUCUGCUAGUGGUGUUGAGAACCAGAGGUUGCGGGAGAAAGCUUUGAGAGAGUUGUACUCGAAAUUAAAGUUAGCGAGUCGUGCUGCUUCUUCUGGACGGGUGGGCCGAAAUGGUCCGCCUAGGUAUGUCGGAGGCGACGACCCAUACCCGGACUUCAAGGGGAAGGUGAUUUACGACGAAGCCACUGGAGUGCCAUAUCCCGUUCCGUAUCGUGAUAUAGCACAGUUUUGA